AUGGUUCUGCCGGGUUCGGAAAAGAAGCUCCUGAUCAACAAGGAGGAUACGAGCAAUUCGAAAGAUAACGUCGCUACUCCUCGAACGCGGUUUCUCCUAUGGUCGAAACACAGCGUGGUCGACAAUUAUGAACUCGUAGAAACAAGUGUACGUCAUAUCCUGUUUCGUUUGUGCCCCCCUAUACCGGUCAAUGGUACGUUUGAGUCGAAUAUAUAUAGAGAGGCUCACAAGAGCAGAAAGUCAGUCACUGCCAACGAUCGAGCCUCAAGGUCCGUGGUUCCGCGAGGAGAUUGGAUCGAGAACGAACAUCUCAGCCACAAUGAAGUUCCUAAUUGCCACUGCUGUCUGCGCCCUCGUGGCCUACGGAGCCCUUGCCGAGGAAGAUGCCAAAAAGAAAAGGUAGAAGGACGAGGAGGCCUUCUGGGUGCUGGUCUUGGAGUCGGCAGCUACGGCGCUGGUCUCGGAGGUGCAGGUCUUGGAGGUGCAGGUCUCGGAGGGGCAGGUCUCGGAGGAGCAGGUCUCGGAGGAGCAGGUCUAGGAGGUGCAGGUCUCGGAGGGGCAGGUCUUGCAGGGGCAGGUCUGGGAGGUGUAGGUCUCGGAGGUGCUGGCAUCGGAACAGCUGGACUUGGCGGCUACGGGGGUGGUCUUGGUGGCCCGGCCGUUGUUGGCGCUGGUCUUAUCGGAACUGGCGGUCUAGGAUAUGGCGGCCUUGGUUACGGUGGUAUUGGAUAUGGUCGUCUUGGUGGAUUGGGCUAUGGCCGCGGUCUGGGCUAUGGUGGCGGCUACCAGUCUGGAUACGGCGCUUCGGCUGGUGGCCACCAGGGAGGUUACCAAGGGGGUGCUGCUGGAUACAACCAGGGAUCUGCUGGUUUCGCUGGCGGAGCUGCCCACAGGAACGUGAACGCCUACAACAACAACCAGGGGUACAGCCACUCCUCGGGAUUCUCGGCCAGUGACAGCAAGGUGUUCGGUAGUGGACAGAAGCAGGGAUCUGCUGGAUUCGGAAGCGGAAGUGCUGGCCAGCAGGCAGGUUACGGACUGCAGAAUUUCGGACACACCGCCGGUUCUGGCUUCGGUGGAGGAUACCUCGGCUAAAGAACGUAGCCAAUAAAACUGAUCUCAUCGUACCUAUAG